AUGUUUUGCUGGUUGUGUUGGGAUUGGGAUACCAGUGCUUUCUCGUCGUCGUCGAGCAGAAGCCGACUGAAUGCUCAACGCUUGAGAAGUUCAGAGCACAGACAGGACGUUUAUUGUGAUUUACUAGUGGAUGGCAUCGACACAUCCAAUGACUAUACGCUAACAAUAAUUCAUUCAAACGAUCUCUUCAGUGCAUUUGCCGGCAUUCAGAGGGAUAACAGUGUUUGUGACAUCAAUACACUUCCCAAGCAAUGCAAAGGAGGAGCGCCUAAAAUAGUCGCAAAGAUAAACGAAUGGAGAUCUAAGGGUUUUCUUUUGUGGAUCAAUGCGGGCAACAAUUUGGGCGGCAUUUGGUAUAAACAGUUUGGCUCAAGAGUUAUCACAGAUUUCUUAAAUGUUAUGCAGUUUGAUGUCAUAAGUCUUGGAUUAAGUGAUUAUGAUUUGUAUGACACAAAUGUUGACUAUUUUCGUGAUUCUCGCGAAGCUUUUGAUAAUAUGACACAAUUCAUUAGCGAUGUCUCACACUUUUCCCGAAUCGUGUCCUGCAAUGUGGACGUCGAUACCAAAUAUGUGCCCAACUAUUAUUCGGCAGUCCGGCCGUCCACCAAAAUAAUGAGUAGCCGAAAACGUAUCGGAGUUAUCGGAUUUGUUCAAAAUCCAGGAGAGUUGACUACAGUAUCCACUAAAAGAGGAGUUUCCGAUAAAGUAGGACAAGGAAUGGAUUUUAUUAAAAUUCGUGAUCCGAUUAGAUGUUUGAUAGAUGAAAGUGAAAAUCUCCGAAAAGAAGGAAUUAAUAUUAUUAUAGCCGCCGGUAGUGGCGAUGAAAGACUAUUCAAAGAUAUUCUCAAUUAUGUGCCAAAUGUGGAUCUCGUAGUCGGAAGCUAUGGCUUAUCCAAAAAUCUGUCAGUUUUAGCACAACGAAGGGCUCGUUCGUAUCCCGAUCUAGAAGUUAACGACAUCACCGGCAAUAAAAUUGUUGUGACCGCUGAUCCAUUCGGGAGAUCGAUCGGCAAAAUAUCUGUCGUAUUUGACAACCGAGGGUUCAUAAAGUCAAGUGAAGGCUCUCUAAUCCAUCUCGACUCAGAUGACAAUACUCGUGACCACAAAACGGAACAGUUGGUCGAUAGCUACCAGCGCUCGCUAUUCAUCGGCACUACAGUCGUAUAUCUCGAUGCACGGGACUGUUGGGAUCGCGAGUGUAAUAUCGGUAAUAUGAUAACUGACUCUAUGGUAGACUAUCGAUUCAAAUACAAUGGUAUAAACGAUAGUUAUAUCAAUUCAAUAAUUAAGACCAACGAAAAUGAUUUGGUUAGACAAACAAUGGCUAACAAUAGAGAUGUCAUCGCAUUGUUUAAUAGUGAAAGCAUUUCAAACUCAAUCGGAAACGUCAAAACUUCAAAUGAUAUACAAAAUAAAGAGUACUUUAUUACAAAAAUUAGUUUAGACAACAUGUUUGACGCCAAGGAUCUCAAUAUACAAAUGUUUAUUUUAGAGGGAAAGACAAUCAAACAAUUAUUGUCUCAUUAUAUCACCAGAGAGAAGGACUUACUUCAAGUGUCGGGCAUUAAAGUUAUUUAUGAUCUCUCAAAACCAAUUAAUGAAACCAUUAUUGAUAUUUCCGUCAAAUGCACCAAAUGUUCAGAUGAUUAUUACAGUCCACUAAAUGACACCAAGUUUUAUGAUGUUUUGUUGCCUCAAAGUAUCAAAUUAGACCAAAACGACCGAAACAUUCAAAUAGCACAACAUUUAAGUGUCACAAAUAUGUUAGACAACUAUAUUAGACACAAUUCACCCAUCAAUGCAACCGUUGAAAACAGGAUUACAUUUAUUGGUUCAAAAGGAAAAAGUGCUGCUUUUGGUACAAAAUGUGGGAAUUUGAUGCUAUAUUUUGCAGUAUUAAUAGCUAAUCUGUCACUGAUAUGUGGAUUUAAUUGACAUCAAACACACAUCCAAUGAACAGCUUAUAUAUACUCGUCAUAUGAGUCGACACACAACAUGACUAUUUGAUGAUAUGAUAAGCAAGACUUAAUU